AUGAGUCCACCAACUUCAUUUCGAGCUGUUUACAAGCAGCUGGGUGAACAAGAGAUUGAUGUUGACGUUUACCUACCUUCUGUCGGGACCGACUCUACAAGAUGUCCAGUCUUAAUUAAUAUCCAUGGAGGGGCUUUUAUGCUCGGGUCCUCCAAGAUGGUCAAUAAAGACCAGGUGUCAGAUUGUCUUAGUCGAGGAUGGAUAGUACUAGCCCCGAACCAUCGCCUUUGUCCUCAAGUUAAUCUCUUGGAGGGUCCAAUGCAAGACUGUCGAGAUUUACUAGCUUGGGUGUAUGAUGGAGGUCUCGAGACAGCUCUCGGCAAAGCCAACCCAACACUCGUACCAGAUCUCGACCAUGUCUUUGCAUUCGGCACCUCAUCGGGGGGGCAUUUGUCGCUUUGUUUGGGUUUCGAUGUUCCUCGCCCGGUCGCAGGUAUCUACGACAUGUAUGGCCCCAGCAACUUUGCCGAUGACUUCUGGACAACAAAGCUUGAGGGCAUGAAGCUACCACCUGGACUCACAGACUCAUUCCUUAACAAAGUAUUCGACGAGGACCCAGUCCCCAUCACGGGGGGCGUCUCCCUCGAAGGUCAAGCAACAGGACCUCCAGACUUUAGCGACCCUCGCCAAGCAUACGCGCUGACGCAACUGGCCAACGGCACUGUCCUCGAUGCCAUCUACCCUUCGAAAGACUGGAGCAAAGUCGACCCGACAUUGAAUGUUGACUCCUCGUUUCCUCCGACCUUCAUAGUCCACGGCGAUGCAGAUACGAAAGUCCCUAUUCACCUUAGUAGAAAGCUUUUUGAUGUCUUGAAGCAGAAUGGUGUCAAGUGCGGGAUGGUGGAGGUUCCUGGGGAGGAGCAUACUUUUGCGGCCAAGAUGGAAGUGGGAUCUGUUACUUGGAAUCUUCAGCGGCAGGGCUUUGACUUUCUUGAGACUUUGAUUAAGUAG